GUACCAUAUAUAUUACCAUAUUCCUGCACCUGCUCAAAAAUAGUUCUGGUUCCCUGUGAUAUGCUCCUCAUCCACACAGCCCGAAUUUAGUGGGCGCAUAGCAGCAGAGAUGGCGUCGAUGGGAUUAACUCAGACAAUUCAAAUGCGACUCUACAAGAAGAAGCACACAGCGGAUUUUCCGGAGAUGGUGCGCCCACGGCUUUGCCGUCUCGGUAGAAGAAGCUUGAGGAUGUCAGCGUCGGAAAAUCAGACAGCAGAGCCCGAUCUCAGUAUCACCGUAAACGGUUUAAAAAUGCCAAACCCAUUUGUGAUCGGUUCUGGCCCUCCCGGCACCAACUACACUGUUAUGAAGAGGGCCUUUGACGAAGGAUGGGGCGCGGUCAUCGCCAAAACGGUUUCCCUCGAUGCUGCAAAGGUUGUAAAUGUAACUCCUCGAUAUGCUAAACUUAGAGCAGGAUCGUCCAUUGGUGGUUCUGGUAGAGGACAAAUUAUUGGGUGGGAAAAUAUUGAACUGAUAAGUGAUAGACCUUUGGAAACAAUGUUGAAAGAGUUCAAACAGUUGAAAGAUGAGUACCCUGAGAGGAUACUUGUUGCUUCUGUCAUGGAAGAGUAUAAUAAAGCUGCCUGGGAGGAACUCAUUUACCGGGUUGAGGAGACUGGAGUAGAUGCCAUUGAAGUCAAUUUUUCAUGUCCUCAUGGGAUGCCAGAACGUAAAAUGGGUGCUGCUGUUGGACAAGAUUGUGAACUUUUGGAGGAGGUCUGUGGAUGGAUUAAUGAUGUGGCUACAGUCCCUGUUUGGGCAAAAAUGACACCCAAUAUCACUGACAUUACAAAGCCAGCUAGGGUGUCUCUUAAAGCAGGAUGUAAGGGGGUGUCUGCAAUAAAUACGAUCAUGAGUGUCAUGGGCAUCGAUCUAGAUACUUUGCGCCCCGAGCCUUGUGUUGAAGGAUAUUCAACUCCCGGAGGCUAUUCAUCCAAGGCUGUGCAUCCAAUUGCUCUAGCAAAUGUAAUGAACAUAGCAAAAAUGAUGAAAUCUGAAUUUAGGGAUAAUAAAGAGUAUUCACUCUCUGGUAUUGGAGGUGUUGAGACAGGUAGCGACGCUGCCGAGUUUAUACUUCUUGGAGCAGAUACUGUCCAGGUUUGCACAGGUGUUAUGAUGCAUGGUUAUGGACUAGUUAAGAAACUGAGCUCAGAGCUCAGAGAUUUCAUGAAAAAGCACAAAUUUUCAUCUAUUCAACAGUUUAAAGGAGCAUCACUACCAUAUUUCACCACUCAUAUGGAUUUGGUCAAAAGACAACAACAAGCUAUUCGCCAGAAGAAAGCUAUUAAGAAAGGGUUGCAGUCUGAUAAAGAUUGGACAGGAGAUGGUUUUGUGCAAGAAACAGAGAGUAUGGUUUCCAACUGACUGACACUUGCCCCUUCCCUUUCUCCUUCAUACUUGAUAUUGUUGAGUCUACAGGCGAGCCAAAUUUUCUUUCCUAAAAACAACUGCUUGGUAUGACUGUUUAUUUUCAUUGUGAUUUAUGAAGAAUAAGUUUGUGAUCUCGUUGUAGGAACAACAACAGAAGAGAACUUUAUUUUAAAGGAUGAGAAAAUAGUCUGAAUUCAUUUAUUUUAAUAAUGUUCUCACGAUUUUCCAGUCUUCCAUGCGCUCCCAAAGAAAAUGUGUUCUUUUCUAAAAUGUCUGACAAAUGUUUUUUGUUUUACUCAUUUUCAUUCUAUAUAAUGAUCUUUUGAAUAUAGGAAUGUAAGAGAUUAUCAUUUCGCAUCUGAAGAAUGAUCAAUAGAUUUAGGAUGUACAUGAAACAGUUCAAAUUAAGUAUAUGGACUUCGGAAAUGGCAGGGAUCUGAUGUGUUGGAAAUGUGAUUCAUUCGAAGUUACUUUUAUUUAUCUAUCUAAUCUAAUCUAAUCCCUCCCUCCCUCCCUCAUGUUCAGUAUCGUACCAAUGCUCACCCAUAUCUAUUUUCAACUGUAGACUUCAUAAUUAGAUUCCCAUAUAUCUUGACCUUAGUAUUACAUACUAGGGGCGUUGUAUUGCAAUCAAGAAUAGGCACUGCCAAAAGUAGUAAGAAAUUGGGGGGCUUAUGAUGUUUUUACUUGGAUUUAUUUCAGUUCCAAAUGAUGAGACUAGAUUUUAACAAACCAGACUAGACUUCAACACUUAUAGAGGCCGUUUGGCAACCAUGAUUUUCGGCUUAUCAGGCUUAUCAGCCAACUUUUUCACCAAACACGUAAAUUUUCCUUUCGCGCGCUGAAUUAUGUAAUAAGCAGAAAAAGUAAGGUUAGAGUUACUUUUCUGGCUGUAUUGGCUGAAGUUACU